AUGCCCCGUAAAAUACAAAACAGAACAAAUCAUACCAGCAUCACAAACUUCAUACUUCUUGGAUUUGGUGAUAAUCCUGAACAGCAGGUUCCUCUCUUUGUGGCUUUCCUAGCAAUCUAUGUUAUUACCAUGGCUGGGAAUCUCCUUAUUAUUGCCCUAGUUGUGGCUGAUCUCCACCUCCAUACCCCCAUGUACUUCUUCCUAGGGAACCUGUCCUGCUUGGAGAUCUGCUACACUUCAACCCUCCUACCCAGGAUGCUGUUUAGUCUUCUGACUGGAGACAGGACCAUUACUGUGAACGGCUGUCUUGUGCAAUAUUAUUUCUUUGGUUUCUUAUUAUCCACAGAAUGUUAUCUCCUGGCUGUGAUGUCGUAUGAUCGAUAUUUAGCCAUAUGCAAACCACUGCACUACACAUCCCUUAUGAAUGGCAGGCUCUGCUUCUGGUUGGUCAUUGGCUCUUGGAUCAGUGGUCUGCUUAGUAACACCAUAAUAACAUCCCUGGUUUUCCAGCUGUCAUUCUGUGGUCCCAGUGAAAUUGAGCAUUUCUUUUGUGAUCUAGCCCCAGUGAUCAAGCUUUCCUGCAGCAACACACACAUGGUGGAACUUGCAACUUUCAUCUUGGCCUCCAUGGACACCAUGCCCCCAUUUCUGCUUACCCUGAUCUCAUAUGUCUAUAUCAUCAUGAACAUCCUCUGGAUCAAGUCCAAAGCCAUGAGACAGAAGGCCUUCUCGACUUGCUCCUCACACCUUGUCGUCGUAACACUUUUCUUUGGGUCUCUGAUCAUUGUUUAUGUAGUUCCACAAACCAAUACACUGAAGGAGCUUCAUGAAACCUUCUCUCUGUUUUAUACUAUCUUAACCCCCAUGGUCAAUCCCCUUAUAUACAGCCUAAGAAACAGAGAUGUGAAAGAAGCUCUCUAUAGAAAGGCCAGGAAAGCUGUCAAUGUGGCCCUAUUUCCUUAG